GAAGCAAAAGAACCGUGAUGAACUCCUCACGAGUUUCUUAUUUCACUCUGGCUGCUUAUCUGGACUCUGGACUGUUGAGAUACUUGUUCUUCAUGCUGGUCCUGUCGUUGUACUUGUUGAUCCUUUGUGCCAACGUGCUGCUGAUUGUCGUUAUCUGUAUGAACAGAAGUCUACAUGAACCUAUGUACGUGUUUCUGUGCAGCCUGUUUGUAAAUGAACUGUAUGGUAGCACAGGGUUGUUUCCUUUGCUCCUGGUUCAGAUUCUCUCAGACGUUCACACUGUUUCUGCUUCAGUUUGUCUCCUGCAGGUUUUUUGUGUUUAUUCUUACGGAAGUGUGGAAUUUUUUAAUUUAGCCGUGAUGUCUUAUGACCGAUACCUGGCCAUCUGUUGUCCUCUGCAGUACAACACACGUAUGACAACUAAAAAAGUUACGAUGCUAAUUGCUGUAACGUGGUUGUUCCCUUUUCUUGCGAUUGUUGUUUUGAUAUCAUUGACUUCCCCUUUACAGCUGUGUGGAAACAUCAUUCACAAAGUUUACUGUGGAAACUACGCUAUUGUCAAACUGUCGUGUUCUGACACCACAGUCAACAACGUCUACGGACUCAUCUACACAUUUCUCUCCAUCAUCCUUCCUCUGCUUUUAAUCCUCUACACGCAGAGGAUUCUAAAGGUUUGUUUCUCUGGUUCCAAACAGACGAGACAAAAAGCCGUCAGCACCUGCACCCCCCACCUGGCCUCGCUGCUCAACUUCUCCUUCGGGGCUUGUUUUCAAAUAUUACAGAGCAGGUUCAAUAUGAGCAGUGUCCCACACAUGUUGGGUAUUGUAUUAUCUUUAUACUUUCUAACGUGUCAGCCGCUCUUUACUCCCGUACUGUACGGACUGAAAAUGUCUAAGAUCUGGAUCAUGUGUAAACGUAUGUUGUGUGGAAACAUGUAG